UCUCGCAUGUGUGUAAAUGAAACAGUGAGAGAAGUGGUGUGUUGGCAAUGAUUAGAACGAAAUAGUUCCAUAGCCAAAAUAUAUAUUUUUUGACUUUCCGCGUGUAUUUAAGAAUUUGUUUGGGUAUUUGUUAAGUUUGAACAUUUUUUUAAAUCUCUGGUGAAAUAAAAACGUUAUGUUAACGGUAAAAAAAUAUUACGUGCCGAAACCGUGGUCGCGCAUUAAUAAUGUUAAUAGUCACUUGUUUGUUUUCUCUUUCAGCCGCUUUCAGCAGCUCUUUAAGCAGUCUGCAGUCUGUACGCCAUUUUGCAGUGUGUUUUAAUAUAUUACUGACCGUGAAAUAACGUACAGUUUGUGUUUCAGGAUUUUGUGUUAAUAUUGUGUAUUUUAACUUUGUUAUAUUAUUUAUUAUCUACUAUUGUAAUGAUGGAAUUUGUUAUCGUUUUGAUAUUUUGUGUGGUUCUUGUGAUUGCUGUAAUGGUAAUUGGUUCCGGGAUGGGGAAAGCUACUUCGUCGCAGCGUCAGAUGGACAUCAUUAACGUCGCUCAGAACUUAUAUCUUUUAAUUAGGAAAGGCGACUUGAAGAAAUGUGACGUUACGCAGACGACCGCGUUUCUUCUCAACAUCGCAAAGUCAACUGUUCUCAAGUACUACAAGAAAGACAUUGAAGAAGUUUCAACACCAGGAAAAAAGAGGAAAAAAAGGCCACAGGAAGGAAAGUCACUUGACACAGUCGACGAUUUCACAGUAAAUGCAAUCAGGAAUGCAAUUUACAGGAUGUACGCUGAAGGUUUGAAUGUUACAGUCGACACCAUUUUGAAAGAAAUCAGGGAAAGACAAAUAGAUUAUUAUGGUGGAAGAUCAAGUCUUCAUAAAUUGUUAAAGAAGAUGGGAUUUUCAUGGAAAACUGUUGAUGGACGAAAAGCUUUGAUAGAGAAUGAAAACAUAGUAUUGCAGCGAAUAGAUUUCUUGAGAAAGUAUAAAGAAGAAAAAGAAAGAGGUGCCAAUUUCAUAUUUGUUGAUGAAACAUGGAUUUUCCAGAGAGGCAAGGCAUUAAUUUAUUUGAAAAUUUGUUCUGUGGUCCAAUACAAAGUAUUUCAUUUCCAUUUCAUAUAUUUUUCAGGAACUGUAUCAAAGUCAUGGCAGGACAAGAGUCUACAAUCUGCGAAGAGACGUACUGUUGGAGAUGGUAAAAGGUUUAUUGUUGUUAAUGCUGGAGGGCGCACUGGCUUUGUGCCAGGAGCAGGAUUACUUUUUGUUUCAGGUCAGAAGACUGCAGACUACCAGGGCGAGAUGAAUGGGGAAACUUUCUUGAUGUGGUUUGAAGACAUGUUGGUGCAUCUUGAGGAACCCAGUGUCAUCAUAAUGGACAAUGCUUCAUAUCACAGCACCCAGGUUGAGAAAACACCUACAACGAACUGGACCAAGGCUGCACUGAUCGCGUGGCUGGAGAAGAAUGGGAUAAAACAUGAAAAUAAUUUGUUGAAAGUGGAGCUGCUGAGAAUAGCUAAACAAAACAAGCCCCGAAUACGAUGGGCGAGGUGUGUGGAUCACGUGGAGAAGCUAAUUCAAGCAGACUGGGAGAGAGAAGUCCACAUAGACAGCGGCACCAUUCCUCCACUCAUCAUCCACCUCGGCGAGGAUAGUUCAAGUGAAGACAGUGACAGCGAAGAAUUUGAGGUUACGACACAGCAAGUAGAUGGAGACAGUGAAGUACUGGCAGUUCCUCUUGAUGAUUUACCCGGGUGUUCUUAUUGAGGUCUGUAUGUAAUAAACACCUGGGCAACUGUAAGUAUUGGGGUUUGAAACAUUUUUUUUUCUUUUAUGCAUUCCCAUGAAGUAUGUUGAUUACUGGAACUUUAUGUAUUAACUUUAUAUUACACGUAUUAUGAAAUGAAUAUUAAAUUUCAUUUCUGGAUUCGUAUAGGUGUAUGUGAAACAUUUUAUUUUGUUGUGUGUCUUCAUUUUUCAGUGAACUUACUUGGAAAACAAAAAGCCAGUCCCCAUCCAGGGCCACAAAUAAAUAAUGCAUAUAAGUGGUAUAGAAAUUACUGUCAAUUCUUCACCACAAUUUUACUGUUCAUAAAAUUAUGAUUUUGUCUAAUAAGUAUACUCAGGAAAAUGUAUAUAACCAUAUUUUUAUUUGUGGCCUUAACCGGCAAAAUGGUAGGGGUUUAUUAAAUAAAAGAAGAAAAUUCAUUUUUAAAUGUUUUCAUCUGAAUUUGUUAAUUUUAUUAAACCUUCAAUCCUUAGUCUUUUCCAGAUUGCUUAGAUGGACAGCCAUAUGUAUAAUUUACAAUACUUUUUUUUUCAGAUGCAGAAAACUGUGUUGAACUGUACUAAAUGAUGAUAUUUAUUGCUUACAUAAAUGUUGUAAAUUUAUAUAUUCUCCUAAAAAUUUACUUUAAAUUAUAUGUUAUUUCUUUAGCUAACAAACUUAUUUUUUAAUAUUUUUACCAUUGGGUAUCAUAAAUAAUGUUAUGAACAUAUGCAUGUAUACUUAGAUCAUAUUCAAAUUACUUUUAUAUAUAUAUAUAUAUAUAUACAUACAUACACACAUUGUUUUGACAGCUGGUGAUUGUAAACAAACCAUUUGACAUUUGUCACAUGGCAAUGUUUUUGUUUACAUACGGCGGAAGGAUACAUAGUGACAUUAAAGUAGAUCCGGUGAAAAGCAGGGCUUCAGAAAAGUAGGAGGUUACCGUGGAUGGACUAUAACACACAUAU